CAGUUCCCGUGGCUGGGCUGUUAAACCCCGAGUGUCAAAUAUCUCACUGCAUUGAUGUCUCUUCCAUGGCCAAUUGCCCCAAAUAAAUGCCAGACGAUGUCUUAGACAGCCCCCUCCCUUGUGAGGGUGGGAGAUUUGUUUUUAAAUUUUUGACGAGCUCAGGGCCGCCGCCGCCGCCUCUGCCCCGGCUUUUCCUCAUAAACACUUAUUGACCAAUUUUCGUUUGGAAAAUCCCCGUUUCAUGAACAGAUUUGUCAAACUCUUUUGUGUUUUUUUUCUUCUUCUCUCCCUGGAUCUUUUUGAGCGUCAGUGCCUCCCAGUCAGUUUUUAAAUCAGAGUAGUUACGCCUGCCUGUAAUGGAAAUACAUGGAAAUCGCCUCGCAAGUUAAGUAUUCGGUCCUGUCGUGGUUCUAUAGCAGUCCCACAGGCAGGUGAAUUUUGUAGUGUGCCAGUUGUUUGCUUUGCUAGCAAGUGUAUGGUUUCGACUUUAUCUUCACCCAAGUAAAACUAGCAGCUAUGUCAGGCAUGCUGUUGCCACGCUUCUGGGGCUUUACCUUGCAUUGUUCUGCUUUGGGUGGUAUACCCUGCAUUUUGUUGUGCAGAGUGGAAUUUCUUACUACAUAAUGAUUGUUGUUGGGGCGGGGCACAUGCACAAGUUUUGUUUUGUCAUUGCUUUUGGAUACCUCACUUUGUGCCAAGUUAGCAGAGUAUACCUCUUUGAUUAUGGGCAGUAUUCAGCUGACUUUACUGGUCCAAUGAUGAUAAUUACACAGAAGAUAACCAGUCUGGCCUUUGAAAUUCAUGAUGGUAUGGCACAAAAAGAAGAGCAUCUGACCCCAGUACAAAAAUCCUUAGCUAUUCGAACCAUGCCAAGUCUAUUGGAAUAUUUAAGCUACAACUGUAACUUCAUGGGUAUCUUAGCAGGGCCGUUAUAUACGUACAAAGAUUAUAUGGCUUUCAUUGAAGGCAGGACAUUACACAUGAAAUGUGCUGAAGUAAAUGGAAAAGGAAAUGGACAAUGUGGAAAAAGUGAACCUUCACCUGUGACACCUGUACUGUUCAAGCUCCUUGUUUGUGGAAUUUCUUUGUCAUUUCAUCUGACAGUCACUAAGGUGUUCCCAGUGGAACACAAUAUUGAUGAAACCUUUGUGAAUACGGCAUCCUUAACUAGCCGAGUGUUCUACCUGUAUUUUUCAUUAUUGGCUGCCAGGCCAAAAUACUAUUUUGCUUGGAAUCUUGCUGAUGCUAUCAACAAUGCUGCAGGAUUUGGCUUCAAUGGUUAUGAUGAGAAAGGCAAUGCUCGUUGGGAUUUGAUUUCAAAUUUAAAUAUUGUUAACAUUGAGUUUGCGACAAGCUUUAAAAUGUUCAUUGACAACUGGAACAUACAGACAGCGCACUGGUUUAAAAGAGUUUGCUAUGAUCGCUGCCUUUACUAUCCAACAGCAGCAACAUUUGUGCUCUCUGCAAUGUGGCAUGGAGUUUAUCCAGGCUAUUACAUGACAUUUUUAACAGCAAUACCAAUGACAUUAGCAGCACGUGCAAUUAGAAACAACUUCCGAUCGUGUUUUAUCAAGUCAUCAGCUGUCAAAUUAUUUUAUGAUGUUAUAACCUGGAUUGCAACAAUGAUAGCAAUAAGCUACACAGUUGUGCCAUUCGUUUUGCUGUCAGUGGAGUCAUCUCUAAAAUUUUACAGGUCUUGGUAUUAUUCUCUCCACAUUGUUGCCCUGUUGAUCAUAUUAGUUUUGCCAAUGAAGCCAAGAAGAAAGGAAAAUGAACAGAAUCACUCAGAGCAAAAACAGCUAGAAGAAGAAAAUGUGUUGACCAUGAACAGUUAUUCUGCUACAAAUAACAACUUAACCCAGAUACCAAGACCAUCGUGAACACCAAGUGCAUUUGAAUGGGAAGUUAGGACUGCAAUUAACUUCAUUACCUUCUUUAACUACUGAGGGCAUAUUAAAGAGGGUACUCUGCUGUUGGACUUUGCAAAGUAUUCUGAAAUCACAAAAUACUACAAUAAAUUUUUUGAAAUGCCGCACAGAAGCAAAAACUCAUUUAUAUUUAACUAAAAGUGAGGAGAAACGAAAAAAAUACAUGAUCAGUGUACCAUGCUGACCAUAAGUUAGCUGGUUAGAAUUGAUCUCUACUAUGCACACUACUCCAGUCCAGAGAUUACCAGUUUUCUUACCCUCUUAAAAUGUUGCCUUUGAGGUUGUUAUAACCGCACUUUUAGAUAAGCCAUGUAGUUGUGAUAUGAGGUCAUGUACAGCCAGUCCAAUUAGGAUCUUCUGUACAAAACCAAAAUUGUAUGUGAUCCCAGAUAUGGCUUUGUCCAAUUAAACUAACUAGAGGUGGAUAAGUCUUGCUCACAAUGACUCAUCCCAAAGAGCUGCCGUUGAUUUGUGAAAAUUAACCCAACUUAAAUGUAAUUGGGUGAUCAAAUAACUUGCUUCAUACUUUUUUUAAACUUAGAAAUUUGCAAGUUAACUUGAUUGAUCCUGUUCUGCUUUUUUUUUAAUGAAUCAACUGACUUCAACAUCUUUUUGUGUACUAUGUGAUUUUAAAAAAAAAGUUACAUUUGGUAAGGUUAGUUAGUUCCUUAAAUAAAGAUACUUAUUUCCUCUCCCCUUUUUUCUUCAUCCAGUUUUUUUUUUGGUGAGAUUUGGAAAACCACGUGUAAGUUAAGCUACAUGUGUUUACACUCCAUCUGUACCUGUGAUGGUGAUGUACAAAUCCAAAGCCGGGGCCUGAGCUGACUCCAGAGCAAAGGGUGCAAGAUUGUCUCUUUCAGGGAGUUAGCCUCAUUACUUAUUACCAGCUAACUGUUAUGAGAUAAUCUAUUGUGAAUCUGAAAACAAGGUUUUAAAAUUUUUUUUCAGUGUGUGGUCUGAACUUAUGUAGCAUAAAGUGAUUUAGAACCUGACAGAAUGCAGCACCAUGUGAUAUGCAGCAUUCAGGACUUAUAUUGAAAUAGGCUGCAGGUAAAUACACUAGUUGGCAAAGAUUUGUGUUCAUUGGCACCCAGCAGGUUAAAAGUUGACAGCAUAGCUUUCCUGACCAGAUGGUAUUGGUUGAAAAAAAAACAGAAUUACAGUUGUAUGUCAGUUGUUGUGUUGAAUGAGGUAGAAUACAAGGAGAAUAAAAUGUUGAUUCCAGUUCAGGGGAACUGUAUUCCAUUUGCUCUAAUUACAAAAGUGUCAUUGGCUAUUGAGGCUAUGUAUUAUGUUUGGGGAUGUGGCAGAUAGGAGAAGUGAAAGAAAUUAUUUUUUUCAAUAUAAAACAUUCAAUGAAGCACUAAGCUCUGCACUAAGGCACAGAAAAAUGACAAUAUAAUAAAAUACAUGGAGACAUUGAAUUUUUAAUUGCCAAGAUAUAUAUUUGGAAUUUAAUUUCAUAACUUGAUAUUUUAAUUGUGUGAUUUAGUUUUUUUUGGUGGGACAUAUUUUGUUUUUCUGCAUUUAAUAUCUAAAUUAUAUAUUCCAUGUGUGCUUAGAAGUUGGGAAUUGAAGGGUUUGACUCCAAAACGGAAAAUCCCUUUGUAUUUAAUUGGUUGGUUGACCUGUGUGUGGAAUGUUUUUGCAGGUGCACUUUCUGCAGGAAGCAACUCCUCAACUUGCAGUGUUAGCGCAGCCAUUUUUUUUUCAUUCAUUUUAACUAGAUUCAUAUCAAUACUCUACAAUUACAUUGUAAUGCUGCCUUUCUUUGUAAAACCACUUUCUGGAAGAGUAACUUCCUGCUCCAAGACUAAUAAUUCCAAAAACAACUAUCUUUAAAAGUCCAGCUUGUAUUAAAUAAUCUAAGUAAAAUUCUUAUUUUAUUAAAGAUGAGUAUUGCAAAGUUUGCUGUUAUUGUUGCACUGUCCACUAUUUAGCAUAUGUGUAUUAAUUUGAUUCUCACAUCUAAAAUAUCACACUGCAGUCACAGAAAUUUACAUUUCUCCGAUUAUUCCAGACUCUGUAGGUUGCACUGGGUCUAAUCGGUUUUUUUUCACUUGGCUGCACAUUGUUCUGCCCAUGUGAUUUGAUGCUCUUCAUGAAGAUGAUCUGUAGCUGUCAUUACAGCUUUUAAUUUUUAAAUACAUUUUCAAACAGAAGGCCUGGAAAUUGGUUCCCUCAUAAAGCACUUCCUUGCAUGUAAUAAUCUCUCUUCCCCCUCCCCCUCACCCCCAAUAUUGUCCUUAGUAACUUUAUUAAAGGCAUGUUUCAACUGGAAAUGUGUUGAGUGGCAGUUUUUUUUAAAAUGUUCUGUCUGGGAUAUGUGCAUGAAAAGGCCACGGCCCCACCAAUCUGCACCAGUGUUUACACUCUGUGAGCAAAUAGUUCUGAUCAUGUUUAUAUUCAUAGCCAUUCAUUCAUCCCCUCCUCUUCCAAUGCCCCUUCUCCUUCCACCACCCCCCCUCCCCAACUUCCUCUAUUAAUCUAUCCAAUCUAAUCCUGAACGUGCAUUAUAGUUUCUGCCACAACCACUAAUCCUGGAACUAAAUUCCACUGUCUAUUAGCUCUUUAUAGAUUCUCCUGUUCUAAAGCUGUCAUGUUUAAUCCUGUAUUUCUAACUCCUCAUCUAGACUCCGCCAUUUGAGAGCCUGAUUCACUAUCCUUUCCCAUCUUUCAAGAAUUUCAAAUGCUUCUAUUGUAUAGCCUUGUAAUCUGUGUUGUUUCAGCGAGGAAAAAGCCCAAUUUUCAAAUCUGUCUUUGUAUUUCCUCAUGGCAGGCUAGUAUCCUAGUGAAUUUGUGCUAUACCUUCUCGAGCCUUAGACUUUAUGCUAUAGGGAGGAUACAUAUUCUGUUCAUGUACUCUGAGAUCUUAUGAUUUUGUAUAAGCUCAGCAUUACCUUGGCUUUAUUCCAUUAACACUUUUUUUUGGAUGCCUUAUUGGCCUGCUAUGCUAUCUUCAACAUACUGUGAACCUGUACCCCCACGUCAUCUCUUCCACAGCACUGUGCCUACUUCCAUUCAAAGUGUAAUUACUGAAGUUUCUUUCACUGAAAUGCAUCACUUCACACUCAGUGACAUUAAAUUCUAUCUGCUUUAAUCCAUUUCGUUCUUCUCUCCACUUUAUCAUCUCUAUGCAGCUUCAUUUGGCAUUCUAAAGAAUUGACUCUCUCUCUUAUUGUGGUAUCAUUUUCAAAUUUUGACAUUGCUCCCUCUAAGCUGAUAUCAAAUCGUUAAUAUAUACUUUGAAUAGAAGUGGCCCACAACUGUGCCCAGAGAGAUAUCACUAUCUCCAUCUCAUUACUCCAAAACUCCUGCCCUCUGUUUUCUCUCCCCCCCCCCACCCCGACCCCAAAGCAAUAUUUAAUCUGGCAUGUUAUCCUCUCCAUAACUCAAUACUUCUAAAUCUUAUUUAGUAAGUUCACAUAUGGUACUUUGACAAAGGCAUUAAAAAAUAUAUAUUAACAUUUUCUCCCAAAUACCAUGUCUGUUAUCUCAGAAGUCUGAAUUUUGUCAAGCGCUAAUAUUCCUUUUGAAAUCCAUGCAAGCCAAUUCAACUACUUUUUAUCCAGUUAAGUAAUUUCUUCCUAAAGACUCUCAAGUCCCUACCACAGAUGUUACGUUAACUGGUCUAUAGUAGCCCCGUCUCCUUUCUUAAAUGCCUGUUAACUUGGCCAAUCACUGACCCUCUGGCAUGCAUCCAUGUCCAAUAGAGUCCUGAAAUUAGUGAUAUUGUAGAUUGUGUGAUAGUGGAUGUACAAUGCAAUUUUCAAAUCAUGAACCUACUCCUGAAUCCAUGCCCAUAAUAAAGUGGCUUCUGUGUCAUUAGUUCAGUAAUCUGUAAUUGAAGUGCAUUAGCGGCAGAUGUGUAAUAUAAGUGGAGCGCAGGAUAGCAACAUUUCAAACUAUUAACACAGCUGCAAUCGUUUCCUGUAACCUACAGCUUGCUGACCCAUCUGAAGUGCUGAUUUCAAUACACCACAGCCUUUUGAUGGUCCCACUGUAAACAGAUGUGAUCUGUUUGCAGUGGACAUCAGGGAUAAACAGCUAAUAUGAUUGUUGCCAGGCUGUGUGACAGGAGGGAUCUAUUCUCUAUACAGGAAGGAAAAUGGUUUCAUUGUCAGUUACCUGUAUUUUUAACUUGUUCAGCUAUAGGGGAAGUUGGCUUGAAAAAAAGGUUUUGUAAAGAAAAACUUCCAAAACUGCACAUGUGGAAACAAUGACUGCUUGAGCACAUGUGGUUUCCAAACAUUGAAAGCUUUUUUCCCUUUUUUUUGGAGGGUUAUCAGUCAUCAUGGCUUAAAAUGUUUGAGAUAUUUUUGUUUCUUAGGUUGAUUGAGAAAUUUCAUUUUUAUAAGUUUCAGCACUUAAGAAAAAUUACCUUGGACUUCUGGGCUUUUUUUUUGUAGUCACCUUAAUUUUUGUUUGGGAAAUGUCAUGUAAAUUCGAUUUGUACCAUGUAGUGGAGUUACAGCAUGAAAACUUAAGUCCCACAUCAAACAUAUGUCACAGUUAGUUGCUAUAAUCUUUUUGAAUAGAUGGUUCAUAUUAUAGGCUCUUGCCCUCCCCAUACAUUCGAAUUGUAGUUGGGUUUUGCAUCAACUGCUGUUAAGUGGAGCAGAGCAUUUGUAUCAAAUACUGUGAAUGCUUUACAGCAUUUAAUGAUAUAUGGAAAUAUUGGGAAAUAAACAUUUUCAUUGAAUCCUUGUGAUUUUAAAUAAUUUCUGGUGUCAAAUUUGAAAUUGGUCAACAAAAAACUUAAGUACUUGAAAUUGUUGCGAGGAAUAAAUGGGUAAUUCAUUUCUAAAUUGAUAUUGCUAACAUUAACACUACUAAAACUUGACCUCUUGAUACUGUGCAGGUCCUGAAUAAUUAAGGUUCCUCUUACAAAUGUCAUCGAAGUAUUUUUGACAACCAUAGGUAGUCUUUAAUGAAGUGGGUUUUUGUAGUUGAGGGGGAACCAAGAACCUUUUUGACCAGUUUUCCUCUGAGCUCCUUCACUAAGAUAAGUGAUGUAUAUAAAAUUUUAAUGCAACACUACUAAGCACAGAAUAUGUAUAUGUUUAAGAAAUGAAUAAUGUCAGGCCCUAAAUCAGAUCACAGCUGUUUUUUAAAAAAAAAAAUUUCUGUAGUUUAUUCUGAAACAAUAUGACGACAAUUGCUCAAUUAUGAUCUAUUCAUUCAGGUAUUGUACAAUACAAUCUUGUUGAAUAUAUAUCCCUUCAAAUCCCAUUUUAACCAGAGAUCCAGAAGUUUGUUAUUAUUGAGCACCUAUACAUUGAGCUUUACCACAGCUGUUGACCAUAGUAAAUGAUUGGUUCAAAGUAGAAGUUACGAAUGGAGUAAGACAAAUUAUGACAAAGCCAAGAAUUAUGUUUCACUAAAGGUAGAUUUUAAAAAGGAGCAUACACUAUCACAUGGACUUGUGAUGUAUCUGAUUCAUUCUUUGUAUGUUCAGCGUUGGCUUCAAGGGAGGCUACUAAGAAGGCCAAACUCAAUCUGAGUUCCUUGUUUCAUAAUUUUUAGUUAGCCUUGAUUUCAAUGUACUGGGCAUGGAUGAUAUGAUUAUUAAGACUAUUUAAGGCAGAGCAUUGGGAGAAUUUUUAUUCCAUCUAGGUGUACCAUUACACUGUAAUGGUGUACUGGGUGUAUGAAGUUUACAAGUUACACAUAUUUAUAUUAAGCUUUUCAACAAGAUAAUGCACUGAAUUUAAAAUUCAUACCUGUGCAAAUCAGUAGAGGAAAAUGCCGAAAGUGUUUUUGAACCAGUGUAGGAAGAUGAGAUAUUAAAUUCCUAUUGAUAGUCAUUUCUUUAAAAAAAAAAGAAAACAACUCUGGGUCUGUUGUAAUUUGCUUAUUGGAUUUGACCACUUCAAAUGCAUUUGGAUUGGUUUCAGAAAUGGUUUAAACAAGGAGAAAAACCUUUUCAAAUACUGACUUUGUAGGCAAUUUUAUUUUUCUAUUAAUAUCACAUUAGAUAGGAAUUAUAGUUUCUUGUUCCCUUUGAAAGAAAUGUUCAGUGGCUGUGUGCUUUUAAUCUUAUGACAUGCUUAAACUGAAUUAUAAUCACCAAAAUAUGCCUUUCCAAUUUUCACAAUGUCUGUUUUUAAUCCUUAUAGUAAAAUUAUAUUACGAUAUUUUGGACUAUUUUUUGUUUGAUAUGUGUAAAAUAUUUUGUACUUGUAAACUACAGAAAAAAGAAACUUUAGUAAAGUUCUGCACUGAUGUCAUUUCAAAGAAUCAUCUUUGUAUAGUGUGGCAGUUAUUUUUGUUUUGAUACAUGAUGCCAGCUGUUUGUGACUGUUCAAGUGAUUGUAACUUCAUAUAAGUGGUGUUUCAUUUGUGAUUAUCAAAAUUUGAUUAAAAUAAUUGCUAAAAAUUGUAUCUCUUAAAAACUUGAAUAAAGUUUGGGAGUUGGGGUU